ACUUGAAACUUUGGCUCCCGACCACCAGUUCUACGCCUCAUAUGGUAACUGAAAUGAACCCAAAUAUCCCACAAGAAAUGGCAUAUCCAUCCGCCCAAAUAAAAUGGACCCAAAAUUGCUAAAUCAUCAGAUAUUUUUACUGGUCCCUUUGAACAACUCUUUUCUCACUUCCAAUUCCAUCGUCAGCAUUCAGUACCAUCAGUCUCUACAAUUUCAAAAAAUAAAAGUCAAUUACCACUAUCUAUACGUCCCUCUCCAAAAACAUUAGUUAAACUUAAUGUUCUGCAACAACGCAAUUCUUGAUUGGUUGGGCAGGCUCAAACUAAUGCUGGGUAAUUUCCUGCCAAAUCUGUCAACCCAAUCUUUAUUGCUGACAUGUUGCUAACUUGGCAGCAGUUAAGUCCUUACUCUAACACACAACAGUCCACCUGUAAUAAUCCUCCCCUAUCAUUCUCAUUUCAGAAGCACCAACACAGCAUAAACGAGAACAGAGGCUUAAGGGCUUUACUGUUAAAACAAUAAUGGCGGGUACAUCUUUAUCUUCUUCGAACCUAAUCUUCACUCAAGACAAACUCUCAUGGAAACUCUCUCUUUCCUCCUUCCCUCCUUUACCGACCACUCCCUUCAACCGCCGCCAAACCAGAAGCUCACAGAAAUUCCUAGUCUUGGCUACCUUGAUGGAUGCAAAGCCCACAGUCCUUGUCGCCGAAAAACUCGGAGAGGCUGGCCUUGACCUUCUCAAAUCAUUCGCUAACGUUGACUGCUCUUACAACCUUAGCCCAGAGGAAUUAUGCACUAAAAUCUCACUCUGUGACGCGUUGAUUGUGAGAAGUGGAACUAAGGUUACUCGAGAAGUGUUUGAACGGUCUGGCGGCAGACUUAAGGUUGUUGGCCGUGCUGGUGUUGGAAUAGAUAAUGUUGAUUUGUCUGCAGCAACGGAACAUGGAUGUUUGGUUGUAAAUGCGCCUACAGCGAAUACAAUUGCAGCUGCGGAGCAUGGGAUUGCAUUGCUUACUGCUAUGGCAAGAAAUAUAGCACAAGCUGAUGCGUCUCUUAAAUCUGGCAAGUGGCAGAGAAGCAAAUAUGUAGGAGUGUCCCUUGUAGGGAAAACGCUAGCUGUAAUAGGGUUUGGAAAGGUCGGAUCAGAAGUUGCUAGGCGUGCCAAAGGCCUUGGAAUGCAUGUAAUUGCGCAUGAUCCUUAUGCACCUGCUGACCGGGCACGUGCAAUUGGCGUGGAGUUGGCAAGCUUUGAAGAAGCUAUAUCAUUGGCAGAUUUUGUCUCCUUGCAUAUGCCACUUACUCCUGCUACAUCAAAAAUGUUUAAUGAUGAUACUUUUUCGAAGAUGAAGAAAGGUGUCCGAAUCGUUAAUGUUGCACGUGGGGGUGUUAUCGAUGAGGAUGCUCUAGUUAGGGCUCUGGAUUCUGGGAUUGUUAGUCAGGCUGCUCUUGAUGUCUUUACAGAGGAGCCUCCACCACAAGGUAGCAAGUUGGUGCUGCAUGAAAAUGUGAUUGCGACCCCUCAUCUUGGUGCUAGCACUACAGAGGCUCAGGAGGGUGUGGCCAUUGAAGUAUCAGAAGCUGUCAUUGGGGCCCUGAAGGGGGAGCUUGCUGCCACUGCAGUGAAUGCACCCAUGGUUCCUGCUGAGGUUCUUUCAGAACUCGCAGCAUCUGUUGUUCUUGCAGAAAAACUUGGAAGGCUGGCUGUGCAACUAGUUUCAGGCGGAAGUGGUGUGCAAUCAGUGAAGGUGACUUAUGCUUCUUCUAGAGAUCCAGACGAUCUUGAUACGCGACUGCUUCGAGCCAUGAUCAUCAAGGGUUUAGUUGAGCCUAUCUCUGAUGUUUCUGUGAACUUGGUGAACUCCGACUUCACUGCUAAACAGAGAGGAAUAAAGAUAAUAGAAGAGAGAAUCGUGUUGGAUGGUUCACUUGAAAAUCCGCUUGAGUAUAUCCAGGUUCAAAUUGCUAAUGUAGAGUCUAAAUUUGGCACUGCAAUUUCCGAGUCUGGUGAGAUUAAAGUGGAGGGAAGAGUGAAAGAGGGGAAGCCCCAUCUUACAAUGGUAGGAUCAUUCGGUGUUGAUGUAAGCCUGGAAGGCAGCCUCAUAUUGUGCAGGCAGAUUGAUCAACCCGGUAUGAUUGGCAAAGUUGGCAGCAUUCUAGGUGAGGAGAAUGUAAACGUGAGUUUCAUGACUGUUGGGCGGAUUGCUCCAAGAAAACAGGCGGUUAUGACUAUUGGCGUGGAUGAGGAGCCCAACAAGGAAGCACUGAAGAGAAUUGGGGAAAUACCAUUAGUUGAAGAAUUUGUUUUCCUCAAGUUAUAGUAAUACAGCCAAUUUCCACAUUCCUCAAGUUCUUUCAUUUCCAUUUUGGGAUACUCCUUUGUAGUUAAUACAAGAUUGAUUGUGUUUUAUGUUCAA